AUGGCGUCCGCGUCCGCGUCCAAACCCGGCGGCGGCGGCGGCGGCGGCGGCGCCCCCCAAGCCGCCGCCGUAGACUACGCGGCCAUCAUCGCGACGAAGACGGCGAUGCCGCGUCUUCCCGACGACCCCCCGGUCGCGCGCACGGGAUGGCCGUACGUCGCGCAGCUCAAGGAGCUCUGCAUCGAGCUCUUCGCGAAGCACUUCAACGCGAAUCCGUCGUUCGAAUCGCUCCCCCCGGACGUCGUCAAGCGCGUCGUGGACAUCCUCGGCGCGGACCUCCCGAUCGAGACCGCGGGGGAGCUCAUCGACGACGAGAGCUACUGGGAGCGACGCGCGGUCGCGACCUUCUCGCGUUGCGACCCCGUGCGCCACGGCCGCUCGUGGAAGCAGCUCUUCUUCGAGCGGCACUGCGAGGCGGCGAUCCGCGCGCACGACGCCACGAACAGCACCGCGGAGGAGAACGACGCGCUCGCGCGAUUGCUGUCGUACGCGGGCAAGUACGCGCGCGCGUUGGACGUGGUGUGUCUCCCGGGAAGGUUCGACGCGAAGAUGCUCUUCAGACGAAUGCCGUGGCUCGCGUCGCUCGGCGUGCGAUACAAACCCGGCGAGGAAAUCGGCAUGGGGUUCGACAAGAGCCUGUUCGGCGCGACGCUGAGCGACGUCAAGGCGAUCGCGGCGGCGGUGGAGAGCGCGGAGACGCUGUUGACGCUCGACCUGGCGGGGAACCUGAUCGACGACGAAAAGGCGAGGUGCGUUUUCCUGACACUGGUCCCCAUACGACCGCGUUCGCGUGGGUGGCGGCGAGCGGCCUCGUCGCGAAUCGCGGCGUCCUCCGCUUAA